UGGACUAGUCUCCGCAAGGCGGGAAGGAGAGAACAGCCUAGUCCACAGGACGGGCUGGGGCGUGUUAGGGCGAAAAGCAUCGGGAAGAUGGACCGCUGGCUCUUCAAUGCGGGCCGAGGAUGCCGGGUCCAGAGGUGCGGAGAGGAAGGGAGGCGGUGGCCAAGCGCCUUUGUUCACUGCGGCCUGUGGGCGUGAGCGCCGAGCGGCGACCACCCCGGCCCAGCUACCGCCUUUGUGCUGCAACUCGGAUCUGGCCGGCAAGGUCCAGUGCAGCCGGUUUCCCGGGUCUGCCAGUGGGGGAGAGGCGGCUGUGGUGUCACGGGGCCCGAGCCAGCCCCCGAAAGGCUUCAGGCUGUGUCCGGAGCUUUACAGAUGCCAGAGUACAGAUUUCAGGUUGCAGCAGUAUACUUACUGAUUCUUCUGUGGAAUAUCAAACUUUGAAAUAUCUCUGAAGUCACCCCCAGCAUCCUGACUGACCUUUUCAGGGCCACAGUGCGUGUUUAUAGGAAGAACCACAUGGAGGAAUUGCAUGAGGCUGUACACAGGAUUUAACAAGAGACGCCAGGGUGGACAAACUUGGACAUGUCAGUAUCGCCAUUCUAUAGUGCUCCAUUCUUUUGCAAUCCCAGAGAAAUGUGGCUAGAAGAGAAUAUCAUAUGGGAUGAGACCUUUUCCCGUGUUUUAUGACCAACACCUAUUCUACAAAUACCAAGUGCUAUAGUCUUGGAGAAGCAAGCCGCCAUUUACAACAGACCUGAGAACAUGAGAAUGUUUGUUAGUGGCAGAAGAGUCAAAAGAUGGAAAUUUUUUCAGCUGUUUGCCACUUGUUUUAUAUUAAGCUUCAUGGUUUUUUGGGGCCCGAUCAAAAACCACAUUGUGAACCAUAUGAAGGCCUACUCCUACAGAUACCUCGUGAACAGCUAUGACUUUGUGAACGAUUCCCUUUCUCUCAAGCACAGCUCCGAGCAACCUCACUUCCCGUACUUGAUCAACCACAAGGAGAAGUGUCAGGCUCAAGAUGUCCUCCUCUUUUUGUUUAUAAAGACUGCCCCUGCAAACUAUGAUAGACGUUCUGCAAUCAGAAAAACGUGGGGCAGCGAGAAUUACAUUCAGUCCCAACUUAAUGCCAACAUCAAAAUUCUGUUUGCCUUAGGAACUCCUGCUCCACCAAAGGGGGAAGAGCUGCAAAAAAGACUGAUUUGGGAAGCUCAGGUGUACAAGGACAUAAUUCAGCAAGAUUUCAUUGAUUCUUUCUACAAUCUUACUUUAAAAUUACUCCUUCAGUUCAGCUGGACAAAUACCUUUUGUCCACAUGCCAAGUUCCUGAUGACUGCUGAUGAUGAUAUAUUUAUCCACAUGCCAAACCUCAUUGCAUACCUUCAAGAGCUAGAGCAGAUGGGUGUUCGGGACUUUUGGAUUGGUCAUGUUCAUCGUGGUAGCCCUCCCGUUAGGGAUAAAAGCAGCAAAUACUAUGUUCCCUAUGAAAUGUACCAGUGGGCAGCUUACCCCGACUACACGGCAGGUGCUGCCUACGUCGUCUCCAGCGAUGUCGUUGCCAAAGUCUACGAGGCGUCACAGACGCUGAAUUCCAGUCUGUACAUAGAUGAUGUGUUCAUGGGCCUCUGUGCCAACAAAAUGGGCAUAGUGCCACAGGACCAUAUGUUUUUUUCUGGGGAAGGUAAGGUUCCGUAUCAUCCUUGCAUCUAUGAAAAGAUGAUGACGUCUCAUGGACACUUAAAAGAUCUGCAGGACCUCUGGAGGGAGGCUACGAAUCCUAAAGUAAAGAACAUUUCAGGAGGGUUUUUUGGUCAAAUAUACUGCAGGUUAAUUAAGAUAGUUCUUUUCUGCAAUUUAAUUUAUAGAAGUCCGUAUCCUUGUAGGGCUGCAUUUGCUUAAUAGCACUUGAAUGCUGCACUGUGUUCACUAUCACUGAGCCAAACUUGGAGGGGGAAAAAAUAUAUCUAUAAAUGUUUCUCUAUACCCUAAGUAAAAUAAACUGAAGGCAAAGAGAUCGUUCCAAAUCCCAGGGGAUUAAAUGUUUGCUUGAUUACAGAAACAAGUCAAUGUAAUGUCGAAUUCAUAGUUUAAAAUUAUUUCAAGGACUUCAAAUUUUAAAAGAUUUAGAUCAUGAACAAAGGCAAAAGUAAAGCAAAGUUCAGGUUCUCACUUGGUGCCACAUGUGUCUCUGAGGUAUGGAGAGCAAUUGACAUGCCUUGGUAUCAAAACAGUGGUUUGGGGGAAAUACCUAGCAAAUGGAUAAUGGAGCAUUUCUAAGAAAUUAAUAUAUCUUUAGAACAAGCAUUCUAAUUUAUUUUUAUUAAAGAGUACUUAGUGGGGGUGGGCAGGUGGUAGAGAAGAAAAAUAUACCAACCUGAAGAAAGUUUCAUUCUAAUGAGGACAUAGAGGAAAAUGUCUACAAUCCUGUUACAGUUGAAUCACUUAACAUUGACAUUCCUAUCGCUAUUUAUCUAGACAGUUCUGGUACCAUUUAAAAUAUACUUAUAUCAUUUUCUCAAAUUUAAUUUUUAACGUAAAAUUUGAAAAAGUCAUCAGCUCUGCCCUCACCAGGACACUAUGUAGACUUUCUCUAAAAUUAUCAAACAGGAGUAGUUCCUGGCCCCUGAGGACCUUCUCUAGAGAGAAAUUACCAUCAGCUCCCAUAAGCUAGCUUUAAUUUAAUGAAUUAUUCAACGGGUUUUAAAGCAUUAAAUACUGACUUUUGCUUAAGGUAGUUGUUUGAAUCAGUAUACAUACUUACAUAGAGGAAUAUAAUAAUGGAAAAUACUUAAAAGAAGGGCGGGCGAGGGGUGUAACUCAGCACCCAAAGAGAAAAGGCAAAGACACGUCAAAGGCCCCUUUUCCUUGUAACUUGUCAUAUUUUAGCUUGGAGUCCAAAUCACAGCAGUGAUUACUAAAAUUAGCCCACCACUUACCGACAAGGUCUUGUAGGCCACAGAUGUUGUUCCAAGAACAGACUUGUAACUUGAUAGUUUUUAAUAUGCUAUCAUGUCUAAAUAAUCCAUCAUUUGGCUAAAUAAAUAUCAAUGAUUAUCUUUUAAAUAUUUCAAACAUGGCAGCAGAGCAAAGGAGUUUGGUAAGUUUGAGCUGAAAGUUUUGGUAAAGCAGCAUGUCCUUUGUAACCAGAGGUUUGGCAGAUGAAAUAAAGUAAAUUACACUAAUUUUAAAAAGUAGGAUAAAAAAUGUGGCUAUAAUGCCAGCAGUGUACCAGCCCUGAAAGGACCAAGCAAUGUCCAUCGAUGAGGAUGUGCAAUGCCGGCCAAAACAGUGACCUCAGCAAAAGCAGAUGGACCACUUAACCAACCUCAGGCAGAGGCACGUGCUAGCGAAAGCCCAGCUAUCUUUAGGAUAGUACUGGAAAAAUGUAAAAAAAAAAAAAAAAUCUAAGAAUUUCUCAAAAUACACAACUAAAUGAUCCCUGUGUUUUUGCAGGUAGAUAUUUUUUUUUAAUGUUUACAGAAAUCUUUGUGAAUUUUUCUAUUAUGAGAUUUGAGGCUUGUUUACACUGCUUGGAUCAUUUCCUACUAACCUCAAGAUGUGGUGUUAAACAUUCUAAGAUAGUUAUUUUUAGGGUAGAUUCAGGGUUUUAGAUUAUUAUAGUUCAGAUUUUUCUGAUCGACUUUUUUUAAAAAAAAAAAAAAGCUAG